UACUCCCCUAUUUUCCACGUGGCUCAGAAGUUCAAAAGUUUAUGUGCAUUGGAGAAAAAAAGUUGAAGCGAAAGGAGUCGGUGAAUCAGUUGAACAACUUGUACAGUCUUCUGUCAGGUCUGAAGCAGCGACAGAGACAGCUUGAUUGCUUCAGAGAAGACGACAAGUAAUACCAGUACCUUGCACGUUCUCAUCGCUUAAUCGGCCAGCUUCAUUCCCCCGCCUCCUCCCGCAGCAUGUCCGACGAGGCCAUCAAGGUGGAUGCACCUGUCGAGGCUGUUCCCGAAUCAACAGUCCCAGCAGAGCACUCCGAGGAAACUUCCUCCUCGACCCUUGAAACCAAGACAGAGGCUCAAGAAUCGAACUCCACUGCCGCCAAGUCUAGCGAGAAGGCCAAACCUUACGCUGACGAUAUCUCCGACUCUAAACCAGAUGCAGAAUACGAUCUGACAGUACCUGAGAUUGAAGGCAAGACCAGCGAGGAGGUCGAGGACCUCAUGGCCAAAGUUGCGAAGCAGAUCAACUUUUACUUCUCCGAUGCCAACCUUCCUCAGGACAAAUUCUUCUUCACCCUCACUGUGUGCAACCCCCAAGGAUGGGUUCCUAUCGAGACCAUCAUGACCUUCCAGCGAAUGCGAGAAUUCGAACCUUUAGGCGUUCAAUUUGCCGCUAGAGCCGUGAGACGAGUCAUCAAGAGCGAAGGCAGCGAUCCGUUGUUGUCAGUCAGCGAGCAUGGUCUCAACGUCCGCAGAAUUAGGAAGCUCGAGCAGGGGUCCGGAUCUAGCGCCUACGAUCGUUCGGUCUAUGUCAAAGGAUUUGGAGAGGGCGAUACCGAGGAGAACACUCAAGAAGCGUUGGAAAAGUACUUUGAGCAAUUCGGCGAAAUUCUGGCAGUUAGGAAACGAAAAGAAGAUGCACCAGGUGCUGGGACACAUUCGACCUCAGUCGCCAAGAAGGGCAAGUUCAAGGGGUCAGUCUUCGCCGAAUUCCGGCAUGCUUCAGAUAUGGAAAAGUUCUUGGCACUCGAGGAGCUGCCCAAGUUCACUCCUGAUGGACCAAGCAUGACAUUCAUGUCCAAAGACGCCUACGUCCAGAUGAAGGCUAAGGAGAAGGGGAUUGACAUGAAGAGCUCCAAACGUGGCCCAGACAGACAUCAGCGAUCUGUUCCAGGCAAGUUCAACGCCUUCAAAGAAAUGGCCAAGAUCGAGGCCGGAGAGCUCCCAGAUCUUGCCAAGAUCGCGCCGUCCACAGCCGUUAUUGGCAAGCCUCCUGCCGUUAGAUCUACACAGAGAGAUGGACGAGACAGCAACAAGCGAUCAAGAGAUCGAGAUGACGAUGGAGAGGACAAGAGGGCUAAGUGGGCAAAGCUUGAAGAUCUCACCCUCGAGUACAACGGCGUUGAGCUCAAGUGCGAUCCUACUACUGGAGAGGUUCGGGAACCUGAGAAGGUUGCUUUCACACCCAACGCCGUGGUCAAAUUCGUCAACUGUGGCAAAGAUGGUGACUGGAAGGACUUGAAACAACGGGUCAUCGACAAUGGCAUUGAGAAGCCUUUCAUCGCUUAUCCUCCUGGAUCCGAGUUUGGACGACUUGCCAAAAGUGACGGUACCGAGAUCUCAGAGGAUGAGAUUCGGAAAUUGAACGAGGCCAAUAUCCCCUUCGGAGGCUCCCAACUGCUGUGGGAACGCAUGCCUGAGGAUGCUCAGCGAGAUUUCUGGGUUAUCCGAGCAAACUUCCAGGGCAAGAUGCUUGCGGACAAGCAGAACGGCGAGCGAAAAGGAAACGGGCAUUGGGAGGAUCGACGGAACGGUGGAGGCAGAGGACAUGGAGGACGAGGUGGUGGACGGGGAGGACGAGGGGGCAGAGGAGGUGGCAGAGGUGGCAGAGGAGGACGUGAUGGUCGUGGGGGCCGAGGAGGACGUGAUAGGGAUAGAAUGGACGAGGACGAUUCGGGUAUGCCCCCGAAGGUAGCUAAAGCGACCAACGAUGACUAAAGUUGUCAGGAGGGCUUUUUGUCAUCAAAUCGUAGAGGAGACUGGCGUGUCCUUUGUAGGGCAGAUCGAAAGAUUUGAUAUGAGUUAGAUGUAACGAUAUGACUUGCGUG